UGCCACAGAUUCCGACUGACAGCUGACGUCACUUUUUUUGCACCUAACCCUCAUUUUCUGCUCUUUUGUUUGAAAAUGUCUUGCGCUCAUUCCCUGGACGGGAGCUUCCCACCUUCCCCGGCCGACGACGACGACGGCGGCUCCAAGCGGUUGUCCUGGGGCAGGCUCAAGGGGCUCGCGCACAGGCACGACAAUACUGACACCGGUUCCGUAGCAGACAUGUCCACGUGUAAUUCAGAGAGCAGCUUGUUCUGUUACCCCUCCGAGGAGACCCUGGCCGCAGAGCUGGUGGCCACCAUCGAAGAAUCUCUCCACGGCGCCGCGCAGCUCCUGGGCUGCUCCCGUCUCCUCGUGCCCGACUCCCUGCUGGACCACGUGGGCCAGGAGCUGGUGCACCUGGCGGGCAGCGAGCCGUGCGGCCUGCGGGGGGCGCUGGUCGAGCUGUGCGUGGACAGGGGCGAGCCGUGGUCGCCGUGCAGCGUGGGCGAGAUCGCCGUGGUCGGCGCGCUGGUGCCCACCUUCCACGUGACCCUGGUGCUCAGAGCCGGGGCGGGUGGAUUGUGGCCCGAGGUCCGGAGGCUCUUCAUCGGCAGCCGGUCCCGGCACACGUGCGAGACGGCCGCGAGGCACCGACGCUCUCUAAGACUGAGGUCUGGCUUCAGGGCCGUGAAGAGGAAGUUGUACUGCUCAGGGGAGCUGCUCAUUGAAGAGUGCUCCUGACCUAAGCGCUCCUUGACUAGAAAGUCUCAAAUGAACAUGCCAAAUGACACGAAGGGCUCGGUUUUUGUCACAAAUCCCAGAGGACCCCGAUUUCUGACAAAGCGCAAGGCUCGCUGUGCCGACUUGAAAGGAAUGAAAGGAGCCCCUUUGAUUGGCCGUGAUGAAGUCAACCGAGACCGCUCCCACAGCAACGCAGCCCUCCCUUCUUGCCGAUUGUGGGUCUGCACUCAACUACGGAGUGACCAACAUGGCGUGUAACCCGCCCCCCGCACAGAGUUACAACUUUGUUCCACGCAGGAUUUAGGCCAGUCACAAAAAUAGAGCCCCAAACGCACAAUCCCAGCAACAACGUGUACGGUAGUUGGCAAAGAGCCGUCUGUGGCAGCUUCUCGCCUGGCUGGAGGUGAUUUUUUUUCUUUUUUUAAAUGAAAAUGCAUCUUAAGGUUGCUUGACAAGAUAACUUUGCUAUCUGAUGGUCAAAUCUUACGUGUUUUUGUAUUUACGAAAAAUAAAUUAUUUUCUAUGA